AUGGAUUCUUACCUCUUCCCAGAUGGUGUCACGCUAAGGAAAUACAUCGGCGAGGUUCUUACGGUGCAGAACAAUAAUGACUUCAAACUUACGGAGCUCGUGUCUGAGAAGCAGCGCAAUGAGUACAACGAGCGUUGGGCGGUCUUUCAGUCCAGGAAAGUGGACACGGAAAGCGACGUUUUCGUCCUGAAGCUUCGGUUUCACCAGGACGACAGGGAUUGCAUUCUCGUCAAGGGAAAACGUCGUUUUGAAAAUGAAUGCAACGCGCUCACCAGCUGUGAAGGGUCGGGGGUAACGCCCAAAUUUUUCUACAAGGAUGAGCUCCAGCAAACUAAUAAUACCAGCCCAUUCUUCCCUGGGGGGGGGAGACCGACGCCUUAUCAGGAUAAGACUUACUCAAACUCUCGAGUAAGACUACUAUCCAACAUGAAAUUAAGCAGUCUAGAAAUGUCACUGACAAUUCCCCACUUUUGCGAAGGUACAUACGCCUUCGAGGCUUUGUCUUCUUUGAACCUGAAACAGAGCAGAUAUUCUAUGAGCGAUCCACAGGACGGAUGUUUCAAGGUCUCUAGUAGGCCUAUCUCGGGCUCACCGGGAGCUGUUUCCACCAGAGCAGGGCACACCGAUCACUGA